UUUGCGUCAAUUAUUUACGACAUCACAAAAUAAUGACACUACAUUUUAAGAGGUAGAUUCAAGAACUUAUUCGACAUAGCGUUUAUGUCGCCUAUUUUUACAAAGCAUCUGGAACUACCGGACGAUGACGAUGACGUCGCCAUUACGAUGGGGGGUCUGCACAGCUGGUCUGAUCUCGACUGACUUCGUUUCCAGUUUACAAGGCCAUUCCGACAACCAUCGGGUGGUCGCCGUCGCGACCCGGUCGUUGGAAAGAUCGCAGAAGUUUGCGACCAAAUUCAAGAUUCCCACCGCGUAUGGUAGCUAUGAAGAACUUGCUCAAGAUAAAAAUGUAGACGUAGUCUACAUUGGAGCCGUUAACACCGAACACGUCAGACUGAGCAAGCUGUAUCUCAACCACAAGAAAAACGUUUUAUGCGAAAAGCCGCUGGCGCUCACUCUAAGGGAAGCUCGGGAUGUUCUGAAGACUGCGAAGGAAAAUGAUGUGUUCUUCAUGGAAGCUGUUUGGAGUCGGUUCUUUCCAGUCUCAGCUAAGAUCCGGGAACUCGUCUCAUCGGGACAACUCGGUGACGUCAAAUCAAUAUUUGUCAAUUUUGGACUGGAUUUAAACCAUGUCGAGAGGUUAAAAAAGAAAGAGUUAGGAGGUGGCGCCCUUUACGACAUGGGAAUAUAUCCUAUCCAACUUACGACAAUGGUCUUCGGACGAGCACCGUCAUCGAUUACCACGCAGGGAUUCCUCAAUGAUGACGGUGUUGAUGAAUCUUAUACAACUGUGAUGAAGUUCUCUAACAACGCUCUAGCAACGCUCUCGAGUAGUUUCAAGGUCAAGUACCCGAACGAUGCGGUCAUCAUUGGCACAAAAGGACGUUUACGGGUACCUGAGCAUUUCUGGGCACCAACUGACUUGAUAUGGACGUCACCAAGCGGUGAGAUCAUCGAAAGUUUUCACUUCCCCUUACCCAAGCAUACUGAUGAAUCAGGAAUAUCCUUUCACGAUCUACCAUCCGGGCUGCUAUAUGAGGCAGAUGCUGUCAAACACGCGAUUCAAGAAGGUAAGAAGGAGCACGCCCUCAUGAGUUGGAAGGAGAGCGAACUGAUAGCCACUGUGAUGGAGAAAGCUCGCCGAGAUUUGGGCGUUGUGUGGAUUCAUGAAGGCCAAUCACCGAUUGUCAUUCUUGCUUGAAGUUACUGUCGAAAUUACGAUUUUACUAUCUAUAUCAUGACUGUAUAUGUGUAUGUUUUAUGAAAUAAGCAAGAACAUGGACCUUCUGCAUCUGCUCUAAAUGGAUCAUUAAUAAUAGCGCUUAAAGGAAUGGUCCAGGCUGGGAAUAUUUAUAUCUCAAUAAAUAAAGUAAAAUACACAGAGCAAAAUGCU